GUUAUAAUCAUUUAGCAAACAUAUUUCUACAAAGAUUAACAAAGCAAACAGUAUUCUAGGUCUUAUUAACAGGUCCUUGAGUUUUAAGAUGAAUGCACCUUUGUGAAACUGUAUACAGCUUUGAUUCGUCCUCAUGUUGAAUUUGCAAAUGUUGUGUGGAAUCCAUAUUUAAUAAAAGACAUAUCAAGUCUAGAAAAACUUCACCAAAGAGCAAUAAAACUAGUUUCAUCAUGAAAAGAUCUGACAUAUAUUGACCAUCUUAAAAAGCUUAAACUGCCGAGUCUAAUACAUCGCAGAUUUAGAGGGGAGAUGAUUCAGACUUUCAAAAUUGUUAAAGGCUUAGAAUGCUGUAUUUUUGAAUUUUUUUUUUAGUUGUUCGGCAUCAACAAGGGGACAUAAUUUAAAACUAGAAAUGCAACUUGUUGCUUACAUCAGUUUUCACGAUAUGUAAUUAAAACAUGGAAUAAUUUGCCAAAAAAUAUAGUAGACUCAUAAAGUGUUCAUGAAUUUAAAAUUAAGCUAGACCAACACUGGACCGGAAAGGCUCUAUAUAAAGUUUAAAAUGUUAUUGAAACAUUAUGCUGUUAAAAUUAUACAGCAGUGUGAACAGAAAUAUGUACAGUAUAAGUGUAUAUGAUUAAACAUAACAGUGAGGAGACCAAUAUGAAGUAGUAGUGAAAGUUUGUCAAAAGAAGUGGGGCUUAAAAAAGGUUUGGCCCUUCCAUCAGAGCCCAGAAUCAUCCUACAGGUAUCCUACAGGUAUAUAACAGAUGAAUCAUGUCCUUGGUAGAUUUAGGCAAGCGUCUAUUGGAUGCAGCUAAACGUGGUGAAACAGAUGAAGUUCGAACAUUGAUGUCAAAUGGUGCACCUUUCACUACAGAUUGGUUGGGAACAUCACCUCUGCAUUUCUCAGCACAGUAUGGUCAUGUUGCUACUGCUGAAGUUUUAUUGAGAGCUGGAAUAAGCCGAGAUGCACGCACAAAGGUGGAUAGAACACCAUUACAUGUGGCAGCCCAGGAAGGACAUGUAGAUAUUGUGAAUAUCUUACUCCAGCAUGCUGCUGACAUAGAUGCAAAAGACAUGCUGAAGAUGACCCCUUUGCACUGGGCCACAGAAAAAGGUCACCUUGAUGUUAUAGAAGUUUUGCUGAAAUCUGGGGCAGAUAUGACUUGUGAAAAUAAGUUUGAAAAAACACCUCUUGAUAUAGCAAUAAUGAAUGGACGACCAGACAUUGUACAAACUAUACAAAUGGCUCAGCAUACAGCAAUCACCAAUCUUGAACCACAGGAAACUGUCACCAUAGAAACAUCAGAAGUUGAUGGACCAGACACAGUUAUAGAAAAUGCUGAACAGAUAUCAAUAGAUGGUCAUACAAGUUUAGCCUCAGACAAUGAUGACAGUAAUAUAUUACUACAAAAUAUACGCUCUGUAAAAUCAGAAAAUGCAGAUGAUUCAACAGAGGAGAGCAAUAGUACAUCUGUAUUAGCAACAUUAGCUGCCCUUGCAGAAGCCACUGCUCAAAACACAACAACAAGUUCAAGUAAUUCUGAUGCUAUUAAUUGGUUAGAAAGUCAGGGAAUAACAAUGAUAUCAACAUCAGAUGGUAAUAUCAUAACAUCUGCUGUAGAAAGUGGUCAAACAAUAACUCUUACAGAGGCAGGUAAAAUAGCUUUAAACAUAAUCAAGCAACAAGGAUUGAGUCCUGAAGAGGCUGUAUUACAAGGUGUCACAACAGUUAAAGAUGAUGAAGGGAAUGUUACAUAUGUGACAGAGGCAGGUGAGAUAACUACAGAUGAUGGUCUACAGACGGCAUCAACAAUGCCAAACUCUGUCAUAAUACAUGAAGUUACAUCGCAUGAGAAUGGUUUUGAAUCAAGUGUAAGUGAGACAAAUGAAGGAGGAAGUAAACAUCCGAGAUUAAUGGAGGAUGAGGAGGAACAAAUAGAGACAACAGAGAUUGAUGUGGAUGCCUUGUUACAGAAGAAUGGCUCAGGUGAUGCAACAGAGCUGAUUGACGAGGAAACAGAUCAAGAUAAAUUGAAACGAGAGCUAGAAGAGAUAAAAAAACAAGCAGAAGCUUUUAAAGAACAAUUGAAACAAAAAGAUAAAGAUUUAGAAGAAUACAAGAAAGCAUUAGGAGAAAUAUCAGACAAAUCAGACAGUGAAAAAUAAAGAAAAAGUAUAUGAUGUGUAGUGAAAUUGGUACUUUGCUUACGUUUGUCCUGUUUUAGAUUUGGUAAAGAAUGAAAGAUUGUGUAUAUUGAUUUGGUACAGUGAUAGAUUAAGUACAAUACUUUAUUUUGUAUGUAAUGAUGUGAAGGGUUGUAGAUAGAGAAAAGUUGACGUGCCUUAUACCAGUGAUUAUUCGUGUAAAUGAAAGAAUGAUGAGUGCAAAUAAAAUCAUGUAGUAAAUUGAAA